GGGGACUUGAACGCUUGGUCAAACCAGCAACUCUCUAUUUGAAACAGUUCAUUGAAAGAAUUGCAGUGGUAUUUAGUUUGGUUGAAUAAACUCCGAAUUGGUUUUUUCAAUUGUCUCUAUUGAAGUGAAAGAAAAAUGAAAGACAUAUUUCGGAUAGCUUUUGCUGUUUUCCUUAUUGGCCAGUUUUCAUCCCAAGCACAUCCUGCUAGUAAUGAUCUACUGGAUAAGGCAACUGUGAACGAUUUUGCUAUCAACUCUGUAUCAGAAGAAAAGAAAGUAGAGCAGACCAUUCAAGGAGCUUCAAAUGCACCAGUUUCGACCAUAGAAAUAUCAGGAAUUACCACGGGGGCAAACGCACCUAUUCAUAAUGCAGUACCUCCACCUCCACCAGUGCUGAACACACCAUUUCAACCUCCAAGAGCCGGAUCCAUGUUCGCUAGGUUGAUCGACGAUAUAUUCCAGAUUCCUAUAACGGUUCUUCAAAGCGUAGCACGGCUCAUCACAAAUCCAUUUAUUCAGAAGAAGACACCAGAAGUGAUUGCAACUGUAGCGUAAAUGAAUAAAAAAAAUAGAUGAUUUCGAUUUUAUCUGAUAUUGAUGAAUCAUGAUCAUUUUCUACAUAUUUUUUGUUAAAUCUUUCUUGUUAUUAUUCUCGAUUUUAUAUUCUUGUGAUAAUCAUUAUUUUGUUAAAUCGAUUUCCGCUAUUCGUCAUUGCUCAUCAGGUAGAUUUUUUUGAUGAAUUGUAUCAAAAUGAACAAUAUAAAGUUAUAUCUUGGAUGA